UGCUUGCUUCUUCUCUUUGCUUGCGUUUUCUCAAAGUCUUCGGAUUCAAUGGCGUCUGGAUCUUCGGGUCGGGUCAACUCAGGAUCUAAAGGUUUCGAUUUUGGCUCCGAUGAUAUCCUUUGCUCUUACGAUGACUACACCAACCAAGACUCCUCUAAUGGUCCUAACUCUGAUCCUGCGAUCGCUGCUGCCAACUCCAAUAAGGAAUUCCACAAAACAAGGAUGGCAAGGUCUUCGGUUUUCCCUACAAGCUCUUACAGUCCACCAGAGGAUUCUUUGAGCCAAGACCUUACUGACACUGUCGAAAGAACCAUGAAGAAGUAUGCAGAUAACAUGAUGCGAUUUCUUGAAGGUAUCAGUUCACGCUUGUCCCAGCUUGAACUCUACUGCUACAACCUUGAUAAGACAAUUGGAGAAAUGAGAUCGGAGUUGACUCAUGAACACGAGGAGGCUGAUGUGAAGCUUAGAUCUCUGGACAAACAUCUUCAAGAGGUGCAUAGGUCUGUCCAGAUUCUCAGAGACAAACAAGAGCUCGCAGAUACUCAAAAAGAGCUAGCUAAGCUUCAACUUGUGCAGAAAGAGUCAUCUUCUUCUUCUCACUCUCAACAUGGUGAGGAUCGGGUCGCCACUCCUGUUCCAGAGCCUAAGAAGAGCGAGAACACCUCAGAUGCACACAACCAGCAGCUUGCACUUGCUUUGCCGCACCAAAUAGCCCCACAGCCACCAGUGCAGCCGCAGCCGCAGCCACAACAACAGCAGUAUUACAUGCCUCCUCCUACACAGCUUCAAAACACACCUGCACCAGUGCCCGUUCCUACUCCACCAUCACAACCUCAAGCACCACCAGCGCAGAGUCAGUUCAUGCCCCCACCCCCUGCUCCAUCUCACCCAAGCUCAGCCCAAACUCAGUCAUUCCCGCAGUACCAGCAAAACUGGUCACCCCAACCACAGGCCAGGCCACCGUCAAGUGGAGGCUACCCAACAUACUCGCCUAUACCACCAAGCAACCAAUCGCCAGUAGAAUCGUUGCCAAACAGCAUGCAGAUGCAAUCACCAUACUCUGGACCUCCUCAACAGUCUAUGCAAGCUUACGGAUACGGUGCACCACCACCACAGGCUCCUCCUCAGCAGACAAAGAUGUCUUAUAGCCCCCAGACGGGCGAUGGGUAUCUACCCUCAGGACCUCCUCCUCCUGCCGGGUAUGCCAAUGCCAUGUAUGAUGGUGGGCGAAUGCAAUACCCACCACCUCAGCCGCAGCAGCAACAGCAGCAAGCCCAUUACUUGCAAGGUCCACAAGGUGGUGGAUACGCUCCCCAGCCGCACCAGUCAGGUGGCGGUAACACUGGUGCACCACCUGUGUUGAGAUCAAAAUACGGUGAACUUAUAGAGAAGCUAGUGAGCAUGGGUUUCAGGGGAGACCAUGUGAUGGCCGUGAUUCAGCGGAUGGAAGAGAGUGGCCAACCCAUCGACUUCAACGCCCUCCUCGACAGAUUGAGUGGGCAGUCCUCAGGAGGACCUCCCAGAGGAUGGUGAAGCCAUAUCCCCUUCUACUAGUGUAUCUUUCACAAUAAAACUGCACUUUCUCUUCACCCCUUCUCUUUACUUUACUCUAUAGAGGCCCUAGUUUUAUUGGGCCCAAUAGAUUGGGUCAGUUGUGUAUUGUUUAUGGGAUUCAAUUUAUAUUUCCUUAAAAAAAGCCGUAUUAUUGGUGUAUGUGUUACUACUACUUUCGAUGUUC